CUUCUCCCCUCCCCCGCAUUUCCUCUCCAAACACAACUCCCCAAACCUCAAACUCACAUCUCCGCAUUCUCAAUUUCAGAAUGGCCAAGUCCGCCGCCCUCGAGAAGUUCGAGUCGAUCUUCCCAACUCUUGUUGAGGAUGUCCUCGCCCACUCAAAGUCCUAUGGCCUUCCCCAGCAGGCUCUGGAUUGGUUCAAGAACAACCUGAAUGCGAACGCAAUCGGCGGAAAGUGCAACCGCGGCAUGUCCGUUCCCGACUCCGUCUCGCUCAUGACCGGCAAGGAACUGAACGAGGAGGAGUACUUUAAGGCAGCAACCCUUGGGUGGUUGACCGAGCUCCUCCAGGCAUACUUCCUCGUCUCCGAUGACAUUAUGGAUAGCAGCAUUACCCGCCGCGGUGUGCCCUGUUGGUACCGCCAGCCUGAGGUUGGAAUGAUUGCCAUCAACGACGCCUUCAUGCUCGAGUCCGCCAUCUACAUUCUCCUCAAGAAGUACUUCCGCUCGCACAAGUCGUACGUUGACCUUAUGGAGCUCUUCCACGAGGUUACCUUCCAAACCGAGCUUGGCCAGACCUGUGAUCUGCUCACCGCACCCGAGACCAAGGUCGACUUGGAUAACUUCUCCAUGGAGAAGUACACCUUCAUCGUCAUCUACAAGACCGCAUACUACUCCUUCUACCUCCCCGUCGCCCUGGCCCUCCACCAGCUCGGCAUCGCUACCGAGAAGAACCUCAAGCAAGCUGAGGCCAUCCUCAUCCCCCUCGGAACCUACUUUCAGAUCCAGGACGACUACCUUGACAACUUCGGCGACCCAGAGCACAUUGGCAAGAUCGGCACGGACAUCCUAGACAACAAGUGCUCGUGGCUCGUCAACAAGGCUCUCCUGAUCGCGACACCAGAACAGCGCAAGGUCCUCGAUGAGAACUACGGCAGGAAGAACAAGGAUAACGAGGCUGUUGUCAAGAAGCUGUACAACGAGUUGGGGCUGGAGAAGCUAUACCAGGAGUAUGAAGAGAGCGAGGUUGGCAAGAUCAGGAAGCUCAUUGAUGAGACUGAUGAGAGCGAUGGCCUGAAGAAGUCUGUGUUUGAGAGCUUCUUGGGCAAGAUUUACAAGAGGACAAAGUAGAGGCGCUAGGGUUAAAAGUCCUUUCGAUUCUUCAUGCAAUCUUCCAAAGUCAAGAUACUGAUAGCUAGACUACACUAGACAAGACUACAAGCUGAUGCAAAUUUACAAUAAUAGC